AUGCCAAACGGACUGCCCGAACAUGGCAUUUGGACGAGUAGGUAUCCUUACAUCUCACCAGGACUCAUCAAUAUGAACAUCACCAUAGCAGUUGACAGUCUCCCGUACCAAAUCACAAUCAUGGAGGACAUAUUCGAAUCUUCCAGACUAAGUCCAGUUCCGGCAAGAAACAACUUCGAAUUCUAUCCUAGCACUCUAUGGAACGUUAAUGACGACGAUUUAGGAUCCGUCGGCGAAGAUGUAGACGAUAUCAGAGAUUAUGAAAUCGACGCAGAUGGAGACAUUGACGGCAUACCCAUUCCGGCGGCUUCGGCGGAACUCCAUGCUUACCAGGCAGAAGGGGAAUCGACACCUCAAUCGCCACAAACGGUAGUGGAAGAGUCCUUCCCACACACUAUCCAUCCUCGUAAAUCACAAGGAUUGCAGAUACCGAGGCCAGCUACUCAUAACCAACCAAGCGACGAAUCACCAUCCCAUAGGGUAUCAAACAAUAUAAUGAACAUGAAAAUAAGUAGUGGAUCCCAACCUAAUUCUAAUCUCAUUUCUCGUCCUCUAUCCCCAAAUCAACCAUAA